AUGGCGACCACCGGACGAUUGCUGCUGCCCCACGACAUGUACAGGAGGCUGCAGGCUCCCACGGCAGCGGCCGCGGCCUCGCUCUUUAUUUUGGCGCCCCACCUGCACUUCCAGAGGCCUAACGCUGCCGCUGCCGCACCGGAAGGGUACAGCAACGGUCGCUUCGGCUCCGUCCCGGCGUGCAGCGAGGCCAUCGCCGCCUUGGAGGAGACGUCGGCCGGCGAGGCGAAGGAGAAGGACUGCUCCGUGUGCCUGGAGGCCUUCGAGGAGGAGAGCGACAAGCCGAUGAGGAAGAUGCCGUGCUGCCAUGCCUUCCAUGAGAACUGCAUCUUCGAGUGGCUGCAGGUCAGCCGCCUCUGCCCGCUCUGCCGCUUCGCGCUGCCCACCCAGGCGGAGGCGGAGGCGGGACUGUGGCCAUUGCCCACGCCUGGUUCUGGUUCGGGGACAUGA